CCGAAGGGAGGUUUCUUAGGAGUUUCCGGUAACCAGCCGAGCAACCCAUGCGCCGUCACCUGUCAAAAUCAGCAAGCGGCUUGGAUGGUCGCGAAGCCACAUGGGGCGCCUUGCAGGAUUCCGAGCGACCCAGAAGGCGAAAGGUAUUGCUUCAAUCAGAUCUGCGUGGCAUACAACGCCUCCCUAAACGAUUACUGUCGUGGAGCCCUGAAUCUGAACCAGAAUUCACCGAGCUACAUGGCUUUGAUGCCGUAUGGGUGCACCGUUGCUUGUCUUGACAGGAGUACACCCACAAUUGUGCAAGUCCAGUUCGCGAACGGCAUGGCGUGCCAAGUGCAUACGCCAAACAGACGGAUCACUCAUGGCUACUGCUUGAACGGAGCCUGUUCCACCCUGAGCUACAAAGCGCAAGGGGGUUUUUUCGACGGCAUCGUCGACCCAAG